GCGCAUCACAGCCAUACGGCAACACCCCGCUCGUGCAUGCGCCCGCAACGCUGCGCACUACGUUUAUUACCGAUUCUACAGCAUAUACAACAACGACUUUUCUUCUGUCGCAGGUGCGAGGCGCUUAUUUCGUGUCUUUUUAUUACUUUCCACGUUGGCUCGAGCACUUGUGCACCGGGCGGUUGAAAGAUGUACGGAGCACGCUGAAUGCUCAGCCUUAAUGAGGAUCUAGAGACAUACAUGACAUUGGACUCUGAAAAGGUCUGCGGACAACAAUGAGCACCGCGUUUCACCAGCAGGCUGUUCACAGUCCCCUGGAGCAGCAGAAAGGACAGCGGCAGAGCGGCCCCAUCCCGUGUCAAAACUGUGGCAAGCCCUGCAAAGGCGAGGUGCUCCGGGUGCAAAAUAACCACUUCCACAUCAAGUGCUUUGUUUGCAAAGUUUGUGGAAGUGACUUGGCUCAGGGAGGGUUUUUUGUGCGGCAAGGCGAGUAUAUCUGCACUUUGGAUUAUCAGCGACUCUAUGGCACCCGCUGCUUCAGUUGUGAAGAGUUCAUUGAAGGGGAAGUUGUGUCCGCCCUGGGCAAGACAUACCAUCCACGCUGCUUUGUCUGUGCCGUCUGCAAGCAGCCGUUUCCAGCUGGGGACCGCGUGACGUUUAAUGGAAAGGAGUGCAUUUGUGAGAAAUGCACUCAGCCUGUGCCAGUCAACAGCACGGCCCCCCCACAGGCUGUGUACAAUUGCUGUGGCUGUGGAAAGGAGUUUAAAAAUGAGCAGUCUCUGGUGGCGUUGGACAAGCACUGGCACCUUGGCUGCUUCAAGUGCAAAGUGUGCAAUAAAGUGCUUAAUGCAGAAUAUAUCAGCAAGGAUGGGAUCCCAUACUGUGAGGCAGACUACCACGCCAUGUUCGGCAUCCAGUGUGAAACCUGCAAGAAAUACAUCACCGGAAAAGUACUUGAGGCUGGAGAAAAACACUAUCAUCCCACAUGUGCCAAAUGUGCACGCUGUGACCAGAUGUUUGGAGAGGGCGAGGAGAUGUACCUGCAAGGUUCUUCCAUCUGGCAUCCUCCUUGCAGACAGGCGGCGCGUAUGGAGGAGAAGAGUAAGAAACAGGUGCGGAUUCAGCUCACUGAUCUCCAUUCCAAUGUACAUGAGCAGGUGACGAGAACCUCCUCUGAGAGCAUCACCUCUGCUCCUGCCUCCAGUGCAUCUGGCUCCCCUAGCAGAGUUAUCUAUGCAAAACUGGGUGAUGAACUUCUGGACUACAAGGACCUGGCUGCUCUUCCUAAAAUCAAAGCGAUCUACAAUAUUGACAGACCUGACAUGCUCUCAUACUCGCCCUAUGUGAGCUAUCCUGUGGAGGACAGGACCUUUGGAGAGUCACCCCAGCAACUCACCCCUACUCCAACUGAGGGAGAUGGGGAAAAGUCUCCCCGCCAGAGGAGGCCCUCCAGCCCCAGCUCCAACAGCUCUUUAGGGGGUUAUGGCCGCUAUACGCCUUCCCGCUCACCACAGACCUACAGCAGACCAGAGCAAUAUCUGAGCGUCAAAUACACCACCCAUCCAGAAAAUUCCAACUUGUUGCCUAUACCAACCUCGGGGAGGAGUAGCACCCAUGGUAGUGCCAGAGGCUCCUCCCCACUGCCUUUGUACAGCAGCAGUGGUAGAAACACUCCACAGGCAGGGAGCAGUGGUGUGGCCCUGCCCCUCAACCCCACUACUCUGGCAUUGCUCCAACAGCACAACUACAUCCCUUACUUUAGAGGUAGUGAAAGUGGGCGGAGUACCCCCAGUCUCUCCACCUACUCCGAUGGCAAAUCUCCUUCCUCUACAUAUGUGGCAGCCCCACGGCAUUUCCACAUCCCAGAGACUAAAGUCAAAGAUAAUAUCUAUAGAAAACCCCCUAUCUACAAACAGCAUGCUUCCAGAACCUCCUGGCAAGAUGAUGACAUAGACAGAAAGACCAGAACAAGUUGGAUGAACCUGAAGAGUGAGAUUGAUGGACAGUCUCCAGACCUGGACCCCAGGACCUCCACACACAGCUUGCCCACCGAUAUCUCUCAACCCAACUUUCCAUACAACAAGUCUGCUUCGCUGCCAGGAUACGGGCGGAACGGCAUAUACAAGGCGGCUGAUCUUGGUGAGGAUGAUGCAGAUCAUGACUCAUCUUGGAGUGGAAUGAGAGAGUAUAAGGUCUACCCCUAUGACAUGCUAGCUGUGACCCACAGAGUUAGAGUAAAACUACCACGUGAUGUGGACCGCACCAGACUGGAGAGGCACCUGUCACCAGAGGACUUCUACAACGUGUUUGGGAUGACCAUUGAACAGUUUGACCGUUUGGCUUUGUGGAAGAAAAAUGAUCUCAAGAAGAAAGCCCGCUUGUUUUAAAUCACGCCGAAUCGCUUGAAGGAAAGCAAAGAUAAAGAGAAAACCUCUUCUCAUCCAUCCUGUGUGCAUGGAGGGAUGAGUGUGAGAGAAAUAUAUAUGCACCUUCAUUCUGCUGCAUAGCUACUGUCAUCCCAUCUCACGCCGAGGAAGAGGACGCGCUUUCACAACGCCGUUUGCCACCUAGCUUUGUGCGUGAACGCCACACCACAUGGUCUGAAUGUUACUCUGAUGACGGAUAGACUGGAGUCAGAACUGAAUUCUCCAUGACUCUUUGUUUUUCUCUUUGAUUGUCUUUGAUCUCGCUCCCUCAGCUGUCUUUGUGAUUACUGUGUUGUAUUCUCUCUUUGUGGAAAAAGCACUCAAUAUUGAUAUAAGCCACUUUCUUUACAUUUUAUACCAUUGAUAAACAUGGCCAACCAGCUCUACUUAUACAUCUUUAUGCUAUGUAAUACUACCCAUCUUCCCCUAUCCCCUUGUUUUUGACUGCAAUGAAUGUUGUCUAACGUUUAAGUCUUGUCCUCGUCUACUCGUAUUCUUUGCUCAAUGUCUUUCUCUCACUCUUUUCUCAGUCUCUUCCUGCCUGUUCCUCUUCUUUCAGCCACUGCUCGGACUGUAAUAUUUAUCAUGUAAUAUCAGCUUAAUGGAAGCUCAUUCAUCCAUGGCUUUAGCAUGACCAGGCCAAAGACUCAUUCAGAGCAAAGCACCUUACACAUGACCUAACCAGACGCGACGCAAUAAGGCGACAAGAAAAAAAAUUCUUCCAGGUCAUUUUUGUCCUAUCCAGCUUCAACCAUGACAAGCAAAGAGCAACACUUCGCUUAGUUUCAUUGACUCAGCAUCAUGCUGGGUAGCCACGCCCACUGUGAAAUCUCAUUGGUUCGUCAUAACUGUACAUUACAUAUCUUCUCAUUGGCUGUGAUUGUGUUACAUCACACAUCAGAUUCAGAACUUGUCAUAUUGCGCCUGGUUAGGACACAGUGUUAGUUGAUAUGUUUAUUAAUCUUUACUGUUGCUGAAUGACUGUGAGUGCAGACAGCUGGAACAAUGCAUAGCUUUUGUGUUAUAUUAUGUAUUUGUUUGCUUUUCAGGUCAAUGUGCAAUUCAUCAGAUGUCAUUAUUAUGACAUCACAGUUAUUCAAUAAGACAUUUAAAUUCAUAUCUGGACUUCACAUACUCUCUCCAUAUAUAUCGUGCACAGUACGUAUGGUCAUACGUCUUAUCAGCCAGACACUGCGUUGGUCUUUCUCAUUGUUUUAAUCUAACACAACUUGAAAGUGCUCAUGGCAGAGUAAACUCUUAUUUUUAUAUACAUCUUUUUUUUUUUCAUACAGAUGUUUGACAGAUACUUUAUUUGCCAUUUACAAAUAAUUGCAACAUUGACUUUAGCAUGGAGCCAUGCCAAAGUUAACAGUUUCUGUAGCAAUUAGUGAAACUAAUACAACACAACACUUAAUAAAGCAUGCCGUUUAGUGGUGCUUCAUUUCAUUUAAAAAAAAAAUAUGAUUGUUUUUCUAUUUUUUUUUUUUUUUUUUGAUUGAUUGAUUGUUAAUAAAUGCGUGUGCAGUAUAUUGAUAUAAAUGUCCGUUACACUGAUCAUGUCACCCUGUAGGCAUGCACUGCAUAUACUGGAAGCAUCAUGUAAUGGCUUCAUAUUCAACUUUAGAGUGUAAUCAUGACGUGUUGUUUGAUUUGAGAUCUGAAAGUUACUGAGAGAUUGUUUUGUUUCUUCAGACACAUUCUUAAGUUGUACCAGGUUUGUUCUAGAUAUUUUACUCUGAUGAAAUUUAACUUGGUUCUUUUGCUGAUGCCAAUGACUCAGAUUUGCAAAGAAACAUGCAAGGUGUUUUGUCCUUUUAAUUAUAUGGAUAAAUUACUUAAAGAUGUCAGAAAUCUGGAACUGUUAGAAACGCAACAUUCAGUAAAGUUUUGACUAAUGAUAACCAUGUGUAUUGUGCCUAUAUCUUGUACAAUAUCAAAGCAUCUUUGAAUUUUUUUUUUAAGCUUUAUUGUUGAUUGUGAAAGUAUGGUGUUUAUAACCGACUGUAAGUAUGUGCAUAUCCAAAUCUCUUUCUUCAGGGUCAUAAUGUAAAAUUUUUCAUGCAGUAAAUUUUAGCCUUUGCCGGUCAUGCCAAAAUCUGUUGCGCUUGAGAAAAUACAGUACAGUAAAGCUUGUCUCAAAUACAUGAAUGUGUUUUGGUCUGAGUGCGUAGGUGGGAGCCUUCCCAGAAGAACCAUGUUGAGCUGCGGAGGACGAUUGCGUUAGUCUUAUUUGAACAGCUGUAGAAACAGGCACGCGUGUGGGUGUGAGUGGUGCUAGCCUUCAGUACAGCAGUCUAAUAGUUCAGGCUACGUGAGUUCAGAAUCAGUGUGUGUUCAAUCAUCUUCAUUCUUUAACAUAGCGCUGUUCUAAACCCUUAAAAAACACCCAAAGCAAGACUAAACAAAGAGGUCAUAUCUACAUCUGCAUUGGUUCAAUUUUUGUGUUUUCUAAAAAUAUGGUUUGCUUUUGGAAAUCAUUUCAGAAAUUUAUUUUUCUUUGUGUGUGUGAAGUCUCUUUGUCUGGAUGAAGGCAGAUGUAGGACCGUGACCCAAGAGAACUCUGACCCAACAGUUUUGAGAGCUGCUGGCCUACUUUUGCUACUAUCACACAUGAAGAGAGUUUGUGCCUGGGUCCGAAAUGUUUCAUUUAUACCUAGAACGUUUGAGAGACCUUAUGAAGUUGUCUUUGUGUAAUGAUGAGGUCCCACAACAAAAUGGGUGCACAUGGUUUUGUGCUAAUAUGCAAACUAAUUACUGCGUAUAACUGUGAUUGUGAUGUUAAUCUGACUGUGUAUGAGUUUGGGAAAUGUAAAUGCACCCAUUUUAUUCACCAUGUCUUUGAUGCUUUGCAAGAAAUAUUGAUAUUCAUCUCAAUAAAUACAGCUACUUCAA